GUGCAGUAUACGGUGUGGGGAGAGGAAACGGAAUUUUGGCAAAAUGUUUGGAAUUUAUAUCGUAGAUAACGAAAAUAAUCAAUACGAAGUCGGUGUUUUACUGAUUACAGAGAAGGUGCAAAAUAUAGUUUCUUCGGAAAAACAUUAGGAAGUUGAUAGACUGACUUUCUUCAUUUCAUAAUUACUUUAUCUUUGUACUUGGAUGUCCGUGUUCAGAGUUACAGAGAUUUAUAGAUACAUUAACCUCAAGUUAUGUUGAUCAACUCCCCAAGUGCGUUUAAUUCAUUGGGCUGUUGUGAAUAUAUUGGCAAGUCAUGUUGAUCAACUCCCCAAGAGUGGCUAAUCCAUUGUGCUGUUGUGAAUAUAUUGACAAGGAUGGCAGGAGGAAUCACAUCCUGGCUUGUUGCUGCAACUGCGUGGAAUUAGACAAAGCAGUAGACAAAAUAUGCUGCUGCCGUAGUGAAGGACAUCUUUCGUGUGAUCGUGUGCUGCUGUCUAUGAUGGAUAGAUUACGCUUUCCAUGGCUUGGUGGGGCCAUCCAAAUAUCCUGUGAUAUACUACUACCUGUGGUGUUUUUACCCUGUCUUCUUGCAUUUGCUGCUCUUGGCUUUUCAUGUACAGUCAUUGCCUUUUUAUCAUUACCACUUCUUGCUUUUCAACUUAAACAAGGCAAUUUUCGACUUACCCAAAGCUCUAGGUUCUGUGUCGCAUGGACAUAUAGUUCCUUUGCUCUUAAUUUCCUUAUAUACGAGCUGUUGGUUGUUCCAUUCCUAGAGAUCAGCCCGCUAGAAAAUUGGGUUGUUAUUUUGACGUUUUGGGCAUCAUUAGCUCUUCUUCUGAAAGUACAAACAUCUAGAGACUCUCUAAAUAUACCUGGUGAUGUUGAGAGUGUUGGAUCUAAUUUGUGUAUUACAAAGACAGUCACUUGUAAUGUCUGUGAAAAUUAUAUUUUGCCCAGGAUGGCACAUUGUGCAAUCUGUCAGAAAUGUGUUCCAGGGCGUGAACUUCAUUGCUUGUGGUUUGGCUGUUGUAUUGGCUCUCACAAUCUGCGCUGGUUUAUGAUAUGCCUCAUUUUGAUGACUUUUAAUCUACUGUACAGUUCAAAUCUCAUCCUAACAACAGUAUGUCGUCCGUACAGAGCUUUUGGUUCUCUUUUGCUGCCUGAAGAUUGUAGCGAAGUUUAUUAUGAAUUCAGAUUUGCCCUUUGUUUUGUCAGUGGAUUAUACUCAUUGAUGAUGUCUGUUGUUUCAAUCUUUUCCUUUCUUAGACAGUGUUUGUUAAUUUCCUUGGGAUUGACUGGCAAUGAAUGGAGGACCAUGCCUCUUUCUCAUUUACUGAGUUUAGGAAUUACUGCCCCUCGACCUUAUAGUCAUGGAAUCCUGAAAAACUGGUUUUAUUUCUUUGUCCGCUGUAGAGCUCAACAAUAGAAAAUUUUGAAAGUAUGAGCUUUAUAUCAAUUUUGUUAUUUGAUGUGUCGCUACUACACUUUCUAACUUGCCUUUGCUGAGACUGAUGGUUUCACUGACGGCGCACUGCAAGGUAUUUGUUCUUUAGUAUCCUAAGUCUUACUAGUAUAUUUCUGAAAACAUAUCUUCACUAUCUUAUCUUCAGCACUAUUUAAAUUUCAUAAAGAAUUAAUCUUAAAAUAAGUUGCAUUCUGUGAUUUCAUUCUCCCUUUAUUAUAAAAUAAAAUGUGUGUACUGAAUGUAUGUAUGUACUUCUAGCAAGGGGUACAUCACUUGGUUCAGUCAGUGUUCAGAUCUCCCACAAGUCAUUUUCCCAGCCGUAUUCAGUCACUUCCCGUCAUUUUGUCUCUUAGUUUUUCAGUUGUGUCUACGCACCAAACCUAUGCAUUUCACUGUGCAUAAACCUGGAAGAAAAUAGCUUAGUCCAUGCAUAACUUUUUAGAAUUUGUUCAUAGCUCUAUACAAAGUAGGCAAAUAAAUGUCUGUUUAAAAUUCUGCAAAUUUAUGCACAGCUAGGUGUUAAUAAAUUUGUUUGCAGGCAAUGUCUACAAGUAUUAUCCAGAGUUCUUCCCUUUGCAAACCCAGUCACAUCCAAGCACAUAUUCAAGCUUAUGACCUCUAGUCUGUGUGCACUCAUUUCCACUGUGAUGUACCCCAUGACUUUUUAUAUUGGCUCAAUUUGCACUGUUGUUGAGAGUGUUAUCAUGUUCAUGUAAGAUUCCAUUCGGGUAGAUUCUGGAGGGUCGGUCCCCUGUGUAGAGGGUCCCCCCUGAAUUUUUUAUUGUUUUUUUAAUAGUUUUCAUUAAAAAAUGAGUUUUAAACAAUUUAAUAUUAAUAAAAUAUUAAAACAUUGUUUAUAACUAAUUUUAAAGGAAAGAGUGAACUACAAAUUUGUCAUAUUGCUUCCUAAUGUGCUGUAUCUUAUACUCUUGCUCCUGACAUGGGUGUUUCUUGCUAGUUCUGAUCUAUCUAGCCGAUAGCCGGCUAUGAAAAUUGAGUGUAGUGUUCUCAAUUCCGUACAACUUUUUCUGGAGUGUAGAAAAGUUGCACUCUUUCAUCAUAAUGUCAAACAAAAGUGUUAUGGUAUUCCCCUUGGAUACAAAAGGGCAGAGUCCAAGUGUCCAUAGCCAGGUGAAAUAUACUUUUAAUACACAGUCAUUAGAAUUGGAGGAGAUAGGCCGAAGGUCAGUUGUACUUGGUUCCGUCCUUCAUAUCUGAUAAUAGAUCUGUUCAAACCUGCGUUGCACUGGGUGCUUUUGUAUGAACAAAUAUAGUCCUGCACAUGAUGUACCCAAAAGAAACAGAUCAACAUUUUGUUUGACUUUUGGAUGUGUUAAGCACUUUGUAAGUGUGCAACAUUUUAACACUUCAGAAAAAGUGCUACUGAAUUAAGAACAAAGCCACUCAUUCUCCUAGCCAGAUGUCUACUAGACAAAUCGCAAUUGACAAUUAACACUCAUGUUGUGUGCAAGAGUGGAAGAAACAGAACAUUCGGAAGCAGUAUGGAAAAUUUCUCGACACCUGAAGCCUUUGAAAACAUUUCUGAACAAUAUUUAAAUAUUUAAUUAGUAUUUGCCAUUUGCACACUACAAACUAAUUUUAUAGUUAAAAUAAUAAAAUAUUAAGGGGGGACUCUCUAGACAGGGGACCCUCCAGAUGCUUCCCUUCCAUUCCAUGUCUCUUUUAAGUAUCUUUCUAUUGUUUAGUACUUAAAAUAUUGUUUUUUGUAGCGCUUUUGCUGUUGUGUAGGUUGGCCAUCUGUUAAAUUCUUCAAUAAGUCUAGUCUCUAGUGACAAUGUUGUGCACUCAGUUUCUUUAGGUAAAGUUUAGAGAAGAAUGGAUCAAGAGGGAAGUGGGCGGCCGUUCACAAAUAACGUCACGCUUAUUUGGACAAUAUUUUGACCCCACGGCCCCCAUUGUCGCAGUUAGUCACGAUUUUGCCUCACCCUACUCGCAUUAAGGGGGUAACGCGAGGGGUCGACCACUCAUAUUUUUGGUGUACAUGGUGUACAAUAUUUUGUGGAAUAUCUGAAAUAUUUUUGGAAUAUUUGGAAUACUUUUGGAAAAUCUAGAAAUUUUGAGUGGAAUACCCGGAAUUCUUUUGGAAUACCUGGAAUAUUUUUUGGCGGGAAUAUCCAAGGUCUACCCCUCGGGGUGAAGUCACAGACUAGUGAUCUAGUGACGUUACAUUUCCUCAGUGAUUCACCGGAUGGCGCCGGAUGGCGCGCCUCGUUCGAAAUUGAUGAUUGUUUUCACCGCGCGGAGUGAGUAACGGUGUGACGUCACAGGGAUCACAAACGUAACCCCCCCCCCCCGUUGUCACAAUAACUGGUCACAGAUUCGCUUACCGCACCCACCCCUCCUAAAACUGUGAUGUAUUUUCUGAAUGGCCCCUCAGUGAGUGUACUGUCUUUUAUGUAGAUAUUAUACGUGAGAGCGAUGUUGCCGCGUUAAGAUGGAAGACCAGUAGUUGUUUAAUGUUUUGGUGAAAAUAGUCGUAAUUUUGGUCUUCGUCUUCACGAGACUAGAAAAGCGUACUUAAAUUCAAGUGUGAGGGUCCGACAAGUCCGAAGAGUGUGGAAUGCACGCGUUUAGGAAUCCCCGCCUCGCGAGGACUACAAACAUGGGGUUAUCAUUGGAGUAUGAUACCUUUUAAAAUUGUUGCAUAUCUGUGUUCCUCUAGUCGUGUAACUCUAUCUUUUUCUUAAUAAACUUUUUUGCGUUGAAGUUUUA